AUGUUGGGGGCCUUCAAAGAAUUCCCCGAGAAGUUGUUCAUCGAUCCAACUCCGGUCGUCAUCUCCUACCAGAGCGUCUCUGGAGGCGCUCAACACAAGAGCCACGAGCUGCUGCACCGCAACCAGCAGGAACACGUGCUGAUGGUGCAUCGCGCACCUCCAGCUGCAGGUGGCACAGUGAACUUCACGUGCAACAGACGUGUUGUGGUGUCGGAUGUGUUCGGCCACUCGCGAGGCAACAUUCCACACGCACGACAUGUCAUCCAGUUGGAAAACUUGCCCGCCGGGGCACCCAACGGGGGCUCGCGGACGGUCUUUCCUCCGACCGAUUCGCAGUAUUUCAUCGCGAGGUUCACCAACGCCGGCGACACGGUGCUAGGAGUUGGCGUCGAAAGUACAACAGUCGCAGAGGAUGCCAUCUCACGGGGGCGCCGGGUCGAGUUUUACGUGACGGAUGAGUCCAAGCGCGCUAGUCUGCAGGCGAAGAUCAGCUCGACCUUUCAUAAGGCGCACAGCUCGGGCAUGUUCCAGAGCCGACGUGGAGGGAAGGAGGUUGUGGUCGGUCCAAACUGCUCACCUGCUGGCCUGCCGCCGUCCACUGUGCCCGAGCGUGUGUCCGAAGCCCUCAAAGCGGCACUGGAGAAGGAACCAGACGUUCUUACGGCAUCUUACACCGGUGACCACCACAGCCCCAAGCUAGUGACGAAGAAGCCGAGGAGAGCCAGUAAGGUGCCGAAAGAGGUGUCCGACAUCCCCGUGUGGGGCGAAUUGAUCGUUUACCCUUCGCCCCAGGCCGCCAAGGAUUCGCUGACCCAGGAGGAGGUGGAUGAAGAGUACGUUCGUCUCCUUCAAAUCGCCACCAACGCUCAGCUUCAGCUUAUGCUGAAACCGGGUACGGAGCGUUGCACUCCUGAGGCAGCGUUGUACUUGAGGGUAGCUGCGACGUGCCCCGUCUUUUGGGUUAGGUCGGAAUCAAAGACAAAGGCCGACCUUGACAUUAGCUGUGAUAUCCCUCAGCGCGGCCUUCGGGCGAACAUUCUAGAGACUCUCAGCUCUUCUGGCGACGGAAGUAGUGGUGGUGCGGUGAGUGUCCGUCAUGUUCGAAACAAGCCAUCCGCAACAAGUAACUACAAGGAAGAGGCUCUGUUCGUUAGCACGGAAUGUCGGCGAAUCGUUGGCUCGUUGAUGUUCGACCCUGUCGUAGCAGGCGUUCAGGACGGGGAGGAGGAUGAGGAUGAAGAGGUGUGA